AUGUCCUCAACUAAUUCAACAGAAAACCAUGCUGUGGAGGAGAAGUAUGAAGAUCCACAACAACAACAACAACAACAACAACAACAACAACAACAACAACAACAAAAAGAUGCCUUGGCCAAAAAGCCUAUGUCUGCGUAUAUUGGUAUCAGUAUAAUGUGUGUUCUUAUUGCCUUUGGUGGUUUUGUUUUCGGUUUCGAUACCGGUACCAUUUCUGGUUUUAUUAAUAUGUCUGACUUUUUAGAAAGAUUCGGUGGUACUAGAGCUGACGGUACUCUUUACUUUUCCAACGUUAGAACUGGUUUAUUGAUUGGUUUGUUCAAUGUGGGUUGUGCCAUUGGUGCAUUAUUCUUGUCCAAAGUCGGUGAUAUGUACGGUAGAAGAGUUGGUAUCAUGACUGCUAUGAUCAUUUAUAUUGUUGGUAUUAUUGUCCAAAUUGCUUCUCAACAUGCUUGGUAUCAAGUUAUGAUUGGUAGAAUCAUUACUGGUCUCGCUGUCGGUACAUUGAGUGUCUUGUGUCCAUUAUUUAUCUCAGAAGUCUCACCAAAACAUUUGAGAGGUACUUUGGUGUGCUGUUUUCAAUUGAUGAUUACCUUGGGUAUCUUCUUGGGUUACUGUACUACUUACGGUACUAAGACCUAUUCGGACUCCAGACAAUGGAGAAUUCCAUUGGGUUUAUGUUUCGCCUGGGCUUUAUGUUUGCUUGGUGGUAUGGUAAGAAUGCCAGAAUCCCCACGUUACCUUGUUGGUAAUGACAGAAUUGAAGAUGCCAAGAUUUCACUUGCCAAAACUAACAAAGUUUCCCCAGAGGACCCAGCCUUAUACCGUGAACUUCAAUUAAUCCAAGCUGGUGUUGAAAGAGAAAGAUUGGCUGGUUCAGCAUCAUGGAAAUCAUUGAUAACCGGUAAACCAAGAAUUCUUGAAAGAGUCUUUGUGGGUGCCAUGUUACAAUCGUUGCAACAAUUGACUGGUGAUAACUAUUUCUUCUACUACAGUACCACCAUUUUCAAGUCUGUCGGUUUAAAUGACUCUUUCCAAACGUCCAUCAUUAUUGGUGUGAUUAACUUUGCGUCCACUUUUGUUGGUAUCUACGCUAUUGAGAAAUUAGGUAGAAGACAUUGUUUGUUAAUCGGUUCCGUUGCGAUGUCCAUUUGUUUCUUAAUUUACUCAUUGAUUGGUACUCAACAUCUUUACAUUGACAAACCAGGUGGUGCUAGUAGAAAACCAGAUGGUGAUGCUAUGAUUUUCAUUACUGCACUUUACGUUUUCUUCUUCGCUUCUACAUGGGCUGGUGGUGUUUAUUCGAUCAUGUCAGAACUUUAUCCAUUGAAGGUUAGAAGUAAGGCCAUGGGUAUAGCUAGUGCUUCUAACUGGUUAUGGGGUUUCUUGAUUUCUUUCUUUACUUCAUUCAUUACUGAUGCUAUCCACUUCUAUUAUGGUUUUGUGUUUAUGGGCUGUUUAGUGUUUUCCAUUUUCUUUGUUUACUUUAUGGUUUAUGAAACUAAAGGUCUUACUUUAGAGGAAAUUGAUGAAUUAUACUCUACUAAGGUUGUUCCAUGGAAAUCAGCCGGUUGGGUGCCACCUUCAGAAGAAGAAAUGGCGACCUCUACUGGUUAUGCCGGUGAUGCCAAACCAACAGAGGAACACGUUUAA